AUGGAAGCAGAAUUCAUUAAUUUAAUUGAAGAUGGAGGAGUUAAGAAAAGAAUACUUUAAGAAGGUUAAGGUGAUUUACCUAUUGAUGGAUCAAGAUGUAAGAUUCUAUAUAAAGGAACUUUGGAUGAUGGAACUAUGUUUGAUUCUUCAUUGAAUUCAGAUAAACCUUAUAAAUAUAGGAUUGGAAAGGAAUAAUUAGUAAAAGGUUUCGAUAUUGCAUUAAAAUCUAUGAAAGUUGGAGAAAAAGCAGAAUUUAAAAUGACUUCAAAUUAUGGUUAUGGUGAUGAUGGAGAUUCUUAUAAAAAUGUUCCUAAAAAUGCUAAUUUGACAUAUGAACUAGAAUUAGUCAAUUUUAAAUAACCUAAAAAAAGAAAAUGGUAAUUUAAUAUACAUAAUUAUUUUAGGGAAAUGACCCCAGAAGAAAAGCAUCAAGAAGCUAUUAAUAAAAGAACUAAAGGCACAGCCACCUUUAAAUAAUUAAAUUAUAAAGAAGCUUAAAAAAUUUACAAGAAAGCACUUUCUUAUUGUACUUUGACAAAUGAAGAAGGUAAUGAAUUAAAAGCAAGUGUACAACUUAAUUUAUCAAUUUGUUGUUAUUAAUUAGAAGAAUAUAAAGAAUCAAUAGAUUAUGCGAAAAAAGCUCUUGAAUUAAAUACUAAUUAAUAAUAAAAAUUAAAAGCUCUAUAUAGAAAAGCUCUUGCUAAUAUUAAAAUUGCUGAACUUGAAGAAGCAUUAGCUGAUUUGAGAGAAGCUUUCAAAAUAGAUUCAACUAAUUCAGCUGUUAUUGAGGAAUUAUCAAGAGUCAAAUAAUUAUUAAAAGAAGCAAGAAUGAAAGAAAAAGAAAUUUAUUCUAAAUUAUUCUAAUAGAAACUUUAUGAUGAAUCAGAAAUAGAGCCAAAGAAAAUUGAAAUAAAAGAAACUAAAUCAGAAGGUUCAAGUUGUUGUGAUCCUAAUGAAAAAAUAGAAGAAGAGACUUAAUCUAAACCAACUAAUGAGAAUAAUAAUGGUUAAAUAUAAGAAGAAAAAUCUGAUGUUAGAGAAUAAAUAAAAACUGAAAAUAAUGAAAAUAAAAUAGUUGAAGAAUCUGUUACCAGUGCUUGA